UGAGAGAUGAUGCAUGGUAAGAAGGAGAAGAAGAUAAAGAAACUCCCAGUGGAUAGGGAGAGAAAGAAGAUCCACAACUAUUGGACUCGGAGCGUUGACCACGGGUAUACCCAGCACAACCCGUCGGACGGAGAGUUAUGGGGGGACGAGAAUCACGACCCCAACAUAAUCAUGGAGCAGGCCAGGAGGGCGCUCAAGCCUAUCCUUGCCAGACCCGAAGAUUACCCUCCGGAUUGGGACAAAGAGAACGUCCUAACGCCGCCGAAGCCGGAGGAUUUGCUGACGCCGCGGGAGUACCGGAUGGUGUUUGGAUGCGACUCCCCGAAGUACCAAGAGGCGAUAACCGAACCCACAACCGUAACCGAGGAAUCCUUGGUGACGCCUAUCCGGACCCCAACAAUCCUUACUUCGAACCAGGCCCGCGACGUAGAGGGAACGAUCCCUGGGCUAUCCCAGGUGAUCGUUGGGGGUCUGUUGAACGAGGUCCUGACGGAGGCUAUGACUUCCGGGGAUUAUAAACUACCAUCCCCACCUCCUGCUCCGGAUAGUGAAGAAGAGUCAAGCGUUUAUGCCUCUGCUGACGAACGGACCCCGUGUAAGGAGGCAACUCCUAAUGUGUUAUGGAGUUUUAAGAAACAAAACACAUUUUUCCGGAACAUAUUCUUUUCCAAAGGAAAUAAGAAGGGUAAGAGCGAUGUUGGCCUUGCUGGUUCUGGUGGUGGAGGGAAAAAAGAGGAAGAUCCACUCCUCCCAAUUACUAGUACUACCCCAACUACGGUAGAGGACCAAAAAAGGGAGGAACAUCCCAGUGGUAUGAAUGGCCAAGUCUCAGAUGCUGUCAACGCCAUAUGGGAUUUCUCUUUAGGCGAUGGAGGCGAUACUUACGCUCAGGGGAGAAAAAGGCAGUUCUAAUGAAAGAAAUUGGGAUAAAUAUUUAAGUCUCGCUAUGUUCUCAUAUAAUACAAGUGUGCAUGAGGGUACAAAAUUCUCACCAUACGAAUUAGUAUUCGGAAGACUUGCUCGAUUGCCCUCUUCGCACGAACCUAUCGAAGAAAACCUCGAACCAACGUAUCGUGAAUACUUAACGGAUUUAUUCAACAAAUUACAUGAAUUACAGAACCAAGCGCGAGUAAACUUAUUAAAGUCAAAAGAAACAAGCAAGAAAUAUUAUGAUAGACGAAUUAACGUGCAUAACUUUAAAAUUGGAGACUACGUAUUCUUGUUGAACGAACCUAAGAAGGGAAAAUUCUCGAAUCAAUAUACCGGACCCUAUAAAAUAACGGAAAUCUUGCCUAUGAAUAAUGUGAGAUUAUCAAUCAAUAAUCAUUUUCGUGUCGUCCACUGCGAUAAAUUAAAAAUAGCCCAUGUCAACCCAGGAUGAAAAAAUAAUAAUACUUUUUUGCCUGUUUUAGAUGCUUUGGGAUCGUCGUCCUGCCCUGCCGGGCCCACAACGGGCCUUGCCACACUUGAAUAAUAUCAACGAAUUCUUCGUUUACUGUAUCAAGACAGAAAGUUACCGAAACACGGAAACUGGAAACGCUUUUUGCAGCCCUUGCUACAACCGUAUAAAACUCCUAGUUCGUCGAGGGCUUUACGUCUUAAAUAAAGCACACUAUGUAAGCUUUGGAUUAAUCAACCUCGAAUCACGUUGUUCUGUUCAUAAUUGUCCAACGCCAAUAAUUACCACACGUCCCCUCAGGUGUUGUUUUACCUGUCAGGACUUUUUUAACGAUUUUGUGGCUUGCGAGGAGGAAAACGGCCACACCCUUGACGCAAAUCGUCGCCUUCUAAUCCCUAUAGAAGAAACUCAUUUCUAAAUAAUAACCAACUCCUCUGACGAUUCACUAACUACGGACGGGACCGAAACACUUUUUUUUGUAGUAAUACUAUUAGAAACACUUAGUUAUAAAAACGUGGUACGUAAAUACGUAGACCAUGCACCGGAUAAACUUUGCAUAAAAUAAUACAUAUACCCAUACAUAUAUAUUGCAUUUAAGGGAACAAUUCUAGUAUCCCACUGCUUUCGUUAUUUCUAUUAAAUGUCUAACCGCGUUUCAGACAUAUAGUCCUACCGCUUUUAAUAUUUUUAUGAAUAAGAUAUCUAUAAAGAUAAUAUCGUUGAGAGCUAUAUAAACGCUUAGUAAUAGGAAAACGUGGUACGCUAAGAUAUAGAUCGCGCACCUGAAACCGCUACAUUCAUCACAAUUAUGUUACUCAUAGGAAUAAUUUUUUCAUUAAUUAUAGUACCUAGGGUAAGUGGCUUAAUUGGUUUCGACUGUGGAGGUCGACAUUUGAAUAUAACCACUGUUUCUCUACUAGAUGUAGGUGAAUGCAACUUGAAAUAUCAUACUCCAACCACCACCCGUACUAAAAUUCAGCUUUUACAAUUAUCCGAUUAUAGCUACGCUGAGGUUUUUCAGUGUAAAGUCGAAAUUUCGCGAACCAUAUAUCAUUGUGGAAUACACUCCCACGUUGCAAUAGUAUUCAAUGGAAAAGCCGAUUACGUACAUGAAACGGGAUACCAUACCUGCAUGCGUUUAUGGCUUUUGGCUCAUGGCAACCGUACCUAGUACACGCGUCGUGUAGUGCUUAAGACUCUCGAGUGCUCUUGUGGACUUUUCUCAUCGGAGAAUAGACUCAGUGCGGACACGUAGUGAACUCAGCAGUGCGACUCAACCCGGACAGCUCUAGAUACAGCAUCAUCGGCGGCUCAGUCUCAUCACGCAACGCGCACGCCGGCGCCGCGUGGAAGCGGCUCACGGGCAUCUACAUUCACGAGGCCGGCUCUCGAUCAGUAAUAUCGAUCCGCGCAAGUGAAUUAAGACUUUUUCAUCCACCGUUAGUUCAUAGACUGCUCAACUGUAAGCAUAUUACUCUUAUUAAACUGUGACACGAUAUUUUACUCAAACGAUCCGAGUUACGAUCACGUGAUCUUUCACCCUCUCACGCGUGCAUUCGUUCCCUGAGCCUCUCACCGCUAAGUCCUCUCACCCUGCUUCCAUCCGCAGCGGUACCAGCGAACUCUCCUAGCGAGAAUCGCUAACAUUUUUUGGUUUACCGAAGGAAAAAUUUCCCUUGGAAAAGACGGUAUUCUCGAUAAAAUAAAAAUAAAUGAAACCUCCUACAGAAGUUUUACAAUCGCUGGAGAUAUAAGAAACGACGGCACAUGUUCUGGCGCGCAAUAUUCUGACUCAUAUGGAACUUGGGACAAUGUUAUAGUCCAGGCCUCCGCUAAAAUCACAGUAAAAUCCGGAUUUUCUCCCGUACAUUUAAAUUCGGGAAAAAUUAAGUUACAAUCAGGAACUUCGUGUCCUCUAACUGACGGUUUCUGUCUAGAUCCCGACGACGGUUACUCCUUUUGGAAACCUAUGCCCUUAUCAUCCUGUAAAUUUGAGCAAUACGACGUCCUGUACGAAGGACCAGCAAAUAAGCUCACGUCUACCACCAGCGACUUGCCGGGUCAACCAAUCUACAGCUUGACCACUCAAGACAUUACCUUCGCCCUCAUGACAACCAAGGAGCUCUCUCUUUGCGGAUAUAAAUUACUCCGUACGGAGCACCCGAAACUAUUCAUCCUAGAAGUUCAAGACGGGGAUACAUAUUUAAUAAUACAAGUAUAAAUGUUGCGUAUCAUCCCGCGCGUCGUGCACGACAUACACAUAUAUACGCAUAUGGCUACGCUUGCAUACACGCAUAUAUACCAUGUCGGGACGGAUCACUCGGACUCUGCUCGGCAUAAAAAGAUGCGGCUGGCGGUGUCGGCUCCGUGCAAAGGCGAGCGGCGAGUCGGCGUCGCGCGGGCAUUUGUUUGCGUGGUCGCGGCGAUUUUGGUCUCGCUUCCGCGUUUCCCCCCUAGUCCCCUUUUUCUGGUCCGCGGUUUCUGUGAUCCAGGACAGCCAAUGGGCGUGCGAUUUCGGAGACGGGGAUGCUGGUGGGGAUCGGGCGGGAUAUAAGUACGUUGCUCGCGGGCAUCAUCGCCAGUUAGAAAAGGGUGAUCAUAGUCAGUCGUAGAUAUCGCAAUUGACCGUUCCGAAGCAGAGUUCGAUCGCGACUCAGAGUUACGGCUCCCAGGCGUGGUCGCGAUCGUAGUGUCCGGUUCCGGUGUGAGAUAAUAAUCAUACACGCAGAGACUAUUGUCAUCGUUUUAACCGCGGCUCAGGGCAUCAGCCUCAAGGCGUUGCCGUGGUUCCUUAUGCGACCGAUUUGGAUUAUAAUCAAAGUGUAAAUGGAAAAAUAAACUCGAACUAAAAAUACAAAGGUUUUUUCAUCAAGCGAAACAACGAUACGAGCACGAAGGUGCCCGUAUUCGACACAGAACAAUAAAACUGUAUAAAAGAAACCGCCUCGCUCGACGGUGCAGAAAAGUCGUUCAGAUCGCUCCGCGCAAUGUCAGACGUGCCUGUCUUCGUCGAUCUCCAGGGCUUCAUCGUUCGCGAGAGGUUUAUAGUAAAGGAGGUAGCCGUGCUGCGAGACAAACAUUGACGCAUCAUGUUUUUAACGCACCGAUGGCUUGGGAUCUAUUAACGAGAUCUGAAAAAUCGCAAGCUUGCUGGCUAACGGCAAAUCAUCACGGCUUACACUGGAGGGACGGAGACAUUCAGUACACACGCGCCAAAAAGAUCGUACGGCGAGCCACAUGUGACGGAUUGGCGGACGAUACAACGAUCUACGUCAAGGGACUCAAGAAGAGGAAAUGGCUCGAGGAGAUUCUUGACGGCUGCACUCGCAAUAUCAACUCCAUCGACGCUGAUUACAAAGACAUCGAUCGUUUGCAGAUUUUGACCACGGCUGAUUCUUUCGCUUGAUUUGACAUUGAACGCAAUCUUUAACGAGCAGCGGUGGACCGUCGAUGUGUGUGCGUAUAAAGAGCACGAACCAUUAUUGAUAUGUCAGAUGCAUGAAUUACUAACGUAUUUUAAGGACAAAUAUCCCAUGAGAAAUCAGUGAAUCCAUUAUACCAAAUACCCUUCGUUCCCUCCGACAAGUGACAGUGCUGAAAGUAUCUGUUGGAACACUGACGCAGACCACCGCGUACACCGCGUUCAACAAAGAAAAGCAUAUCGAUGUCGGUCAGCAGUUCAAAUCGAACACCUGUAUGUUUUAACAUUGCAUCCCCCAUGUGUACCCCGGUAACGUGUAAUAAUGAGCAGGAUCCAAAUCGUAACUUCGCAUGCAGUUGCCGAGAAAAUUCUCAAAAACAUCUGCCAAUAAUAGAACGUCUGUUUUCAAAUAUAAAUCACUGUACUCGCCAAGAUUAUUGAACGUCCCGAUUUGAACGGUAUAAAGUCAUCGUUAAGUGUACGAGAUCUAUCAAGACUCUCUCGCAACAUUGUACGUGCUCCAAGUGUGUGAAAAGUAUUCACUGAAAAAAAUGGAGCAACUAUACAGUUUAAUGUUGCUGACCGACACUGUGAGCCACGAAGUGGCAGAGUUUGCGACAACUUUGGAAACCUUGUCAUCAACUGUACGAGAUAUGUACAAAGAUUUGGAACGGUUAAAGCAGAGCCUGCCAAAAUUCGUUACGGUGGAUGUGAACCUACACGUUAACGAUAAAACGUUAACUACAUUGUAAGUAUACAUCGUUGUAAGUAUACAUUUAAAGAUGUAACACAAACGCACGCACGCACGCACACAGUUGCGUCAGAUAGUAUAUAUCUGUUACAGAAAAUAGAUUCUCACCUUCGCAAAAGACAUAGCGAAACCUGUGGAGGAUUAUACGAGAAGAAUGUUGGAGAUAUACGAGGAGUUGCAUGCUUCAAGGAGGAUGUCGGAGAUAGACGGGGAGCUACACGGGGAGAUUCAGAGUACAAAGAGGAUGUCUGAGAAUCAUGGGGAGAUGCAAGGUGUGAAGAGAAUAAGAAAAACUAACACAUUAU